GCUGAUUUUGUCACAUGACGGUUAACAUGCUCCUAGCUGUGCACCGUAAGUUAUCAACAGAAAGCAGUAGCUAGGAGUAAAAUUAACAACUAAACUCGGGGUAAAAGCACAAAGAUAUGAGUGAAGGAAGCUCAAGUGUGCUGUCUGGCUACAUGUUAGUAAAAGUGCCUCGCCAGCUGUGACCACCUAGCAAAGGAGUGUCACAGUGUAAGUGGCCAUGCAUCCUUUUGGCUGUGAGGCAGAGACCUCACUUCAGGACCUGUUUGAGUACUUCAAGAGGUGCCUGCAGCAUGGAGAGUGGGAGCUGGCCAGUGCCUGUGUGCCGCAGCUCAUCACUUCAACAGGAGGGCUUUCAGAAAACCUGCAAGACUUAAUCAAAGCUAUUGUCUGCCAUCCUUACAAUUUAAAAUGGGAGUCUGUGGGGAGUCCACACAAGCUGGCAUGGUUUUGGCUUCAGGUUCUGUUGAAAUGGACAGAAGAGCAGAUUUCUCCCAGUGUCAGAAGAGAGCUGGAGUUCCUGUUGCUCCUGGAGGAACUGGGCUCAGAGAGCAUACCAGACACUGUUCUCAAGGAUCUGCACCAGGCCUUCUUGGAUACGCAGUCUAACCAAAAGCCUGCAGCAGGUUCAAGGUCAACAGAUGCUGCUGUUGAGUCAUGCCUCAGAACCUUAUUGGAGAAGAAGCCCAGACUGGCCCAGUGUUUAGCUCAGUUCUUACAGGACCAGUCAUGGACAGAUGGCCAUUCUCUGCAGCGGCCGUUUGUCCAACACCUGAUGAAUAAACUCAGAAAGCCAGAGAGGAAGCAGGAGAAGGUAGAGGAGUGGGUGGAGGAGAUAUAUGCUGUGUUGGCUGUGAUGCCAUGGAGCUCUGGUAGUAGUGGUGGGCAGUUUGAGGCACUGUGUGAGGUGCUGUGGGCAGCCAGGCAUGGACCCCUGACAGAGGAGAGGAUCCUGAACUCGCUGCUUCGCCCUCGGUGUCAUGCUUUGGUUUCUGUGUACUGCUCCACUGCUCUGAGGCUUCAGAGGGAUCAUCUGCUGAGGAGCUCGCCUAACACACAAGUUGACCUCUCUGAAGCCGAGAAGCUGACCCUCAGUUUAUGUUGCCACAGAGAUCGUCCAUCAGCUUGGAAAGCUGUCUAUUUUGAGUGCCUUAGUAGUGGGAAGCACUUCCUAGAGCAGGUCUUGGUUACUGCACUCGACUUGAUUAAACAUGAGGAGUUUUCUCAGUUAAAAGACUUGGUGCACCUGGAGUUCCAGCCGCUGUCUCGUCUCCUGUUGCUCCUGGGAUGGACUCAGUGUCGCAGCCUGAGCUCAGCUCAAACGCUGCUCAGCCUCCUUCACCGAGAGCAGGCACCAUCCAAUGACUUUGUUCUGCAGGAAUAUGCCAAUCUAUUGUCCUCUCAGCUUGAAGUACUUGAAUGGUGUAGAAGCAACAAUCCGGGUGUUUCCAUGGAGGCACUGCUGGCACAGCUUCACACUCUAGACAAUCACUCUGCCCUUUAUAUUCUGCACUCCCUGACUCCUUUGCCUCAGUUUGAGGAGCGCAGGAUACUGGAUCUGUUGCAGCGGCCACCAAAUUCUCCAGGAACAGAGGACGCGGAGGCCAUCGGCACUCCCAGCCCUGUUGUGCAGAGGAACGUAGUGUUGUUCCAGGGGUUCUGUGCCAUGAAGUAUGCCAUCUAUGCUCUCUGUGUAAAUGCACAUAAAUACUCAUGCUUAAGCCAAGCACAGAUCAUGUUAACAUCAUUUAGAGCUUCUCUGUUGUCUUUUCCAGCGUGCCAUUUGCAGUUUCAGCACUACCUGUCAGAGUGUCAGCUCUAUCUGGAGGCUGUGCCUGCCAUGUUCCGCCUGGAGCUUCUGGAGAAUAUCUUCUCCCUUUUAUUUCUCUCCACCGCUGACUUUACACAGCACACUCAAAAAGACACAAACUCAAAUCUGAACACGGCGAAUGCCGAUCAAGAGUGUUUAUCAGAUACAACAAACAAAAAUGCAGAAUUAGGAGUCAGAGGAAAGGCAGAUAAGGCUGAGGAAAGCAGGAAAGAGAGCCUAAAGGUGCGUGCAAGUUCACCCACAUUAGCCCACCAUAGCCACCUGGACCUUGGACACGUCAUCCAGGGCUGCAGGGGGUUUGUGGUCGAUGUGACAGCCAUGGAGGGUUUCCUAAAGCUGCUUAAAGAAGGGUUGGAGGGCAUGUGUGUGGUAGGCCAGCAGGAGGGACAGGAAGCGGGAAGAGCACUGCCUCAAGAAGCUAAGGCGGCAGAGAGUCUCGGCUGCUCAGUGACAGCUGAGACGUUCGGCGCUCGUCUGCAAAGGUUGUCCAAACGCACUGCAGAGGCUCAGUGGAGGCUCCAGAUCGUCACCAGCAAUCAGGGCAGUGGAAGCGAUUCCGAAGGUGCUUUCCAGAUGUCGGUGGUCAGCUGUACUACUGCUUCUCUGCAUCAAAGCAAGAGCUCAAGUCUGAGGAGGAGGAGGAGGAAACCAGGCAGACAUGCUACAGAGAGAAAAACCUCCAUAGAGAAACACAAUGGAGAAGUUAGCACAAGUGCUUCAGAUAGUGGAGGAGGGACAGUGGCAAGCUGUGUGGAACCGGAGGUUUGUCCAUGCGGAGGUCCUCACAGCUGGCUGGUCCCCGCCAUGCUGUCCCCGCCAGAGUCUCUGCUAAUGUCCUGCAUCCGCCAGGGAAAUUUCAUGGAGGCACAUCAGGUGUCUCUAGUGUUUGAUCUGGGGACGUCUGCCUGUUUUGGCGAGUUGGUGUUCAUGGAGCGCUACAAAGAGGUUUUGGUGGAUUUGGGGCAGGUGGAGCAGAAAAUGGAAAGCCACUCCAUGUCUUCGUCCUCCUCCUCUUCAGAGGGCUUGGGGUCAACAGCUGGGCCAGGCACAGGGAGGACCCGACUGGGCAGUAGUGGGCGAUCAACACUGCAGGCCAUCGAAAGUGCAGCUGCUGCAGGUGUGGCUUUCUAUUCCAUCGCAGACAUAGCAGACCGUCUCCUCAGCACCCCUGCUCACCCGAUGCCCUCGUUGGAGGAGGACUACUGGCUAAACCACUGCUCUUCAGACCCCUCUGGCCUCCUUUACAGACUCCUAGAGGAGCUCAGCCCAGCAGCUAUGGCUGCCUUUGACCUGGCGUGCUGUCACUGUCAGCUAUGGAAGACAUCCCGACAGCUGCUGGACACCGCAGAGCGCAGGCUCCACAGCAGCCUGGAGGCUCGAGGAGUAAGAGUUGACCCCAGGGUUCCUCAUUCUGAGGGGAUCUGUGGAUUUCCCAUGAUCUUACAGCAGAUCAGCAAGAUCCUGAAUCACUCUGCCACUAAUAAGGGCCUGGUCAAAACAGAAGCUGUUGGCGAGGACCAAGUGUUUGCCAGCCCUUUUGGUUGCUGUCUUCAGGAAGUUCUCCUGUGUUGCCACCCAACCCUGAGUGAGGAGUUCAUUGCUUCUCGGCUCAGUUUGGCUCAGAGCUUAGAGACCACCCUGCACAUUCUGAGUACUGCUACAAAUACCACAGAGGGCAGUGUGGGCAGCGCUCUUCUAGCAUUGCUGGUCGAACAGGCCAGUCUGAAGCAGUCAGAGCUGGACACUCACCCUGUGCGCUCCAGCAUGAAGCAGCUGCUUCGUUCUCUGGAUCAGCUCUGCCCCUUUGAGCCAGACCUUGCCAGACCAGAUUAUGUGCGCAGUUUCCUCGACUAUGUGAACACACUAGCAUCUGUGCUGGUGCGCAGCCUUGGUUCAGAAGACCAGAGUGAUGAAGUGAAGCUUGGGAAUCCACUGCUGGUGUUGCUUCAACCCCCAUUUCAGCUUCUCUCCCACCUGCUCUUUGACAGACAGGUGUCUCCUGACAGAGUGCUGUCCUUGCUGCAGCAGGAAGGUCUGCGACUGAGCGUCCAGCAGGUGAUUGUCCAGAGAUGCUGUGAGACUUUGCCCCUGUGGUCUUCCUCUCCAGCUACUGAAAGGGCCACCAGUCAGGCCAAAAAGAAUGGAGAGUUCACUGUUGCCAGUUUGUCCAUCCUACUUCAGCGGCAUGCUAAGGAGCACAUGCCAGCUCUGGGAAUCACAGAGCCUCAGUCUGAUGGCAGCUCUGAGUCUGAGGCCUCGGAGGACGACCACUCUGCUACACCCACCGCCCUCUCCAUCUUGUCACCCUCUUUGUCAUCCUCCUCCUCUUUGUCUUCCUCCUCAAACUCUUUUCUCCUCACACCAUCUGCCCUGUCUUUCCUGAAGUCUCGCUCUCCUUUACUGGCCACACUGGCAUGUCUAAGUGCCUGUAAAGGAGAAACUGUUCGGACACCAUCCUCCGGAUGGUCUGGAUAUUUCCGCAGUGGACGUAAAGAGGUUGUUCUAGAUGGUGAGCAGAUUUCUCGUGAGGCAGAUAACCUCCUGAAAGAGUUCCCCAUUCUCCAUGCCUACCUUCACAUCAUGGUGGAACCAGUGCUGGGCACCCUGUCAAGAGAGGGCGAGGAAGGCUCUUCUGGACUGGGGGUGGUUGUUUGCGGGAAACCUCUCAUGAGUCUGCUCCUGUCUGGGCCUCAGGAAGAAGCUGCCCAGGCUGUGGCUGCUGAGGCCUUCCAGAAGGCCCGUCUGACCCGAGCCUUGCGGCUUCUGGAGCUGUAUGGGCAAGGCUGCAGCCAGGAGGGGGCACUAAGAGACCAGCUACUUGCCUGUGCUGCCUUAGAAGAUGGAGGUAAGGGUAUAGGUCAGUUGUUUCGUGUGCAGGAUGCAAACUUGCGAGCUCGUGUUGCUCUCCAGGGUCUGGAGCGAUGGCCGCUGUCAGCCUGCCUGGAGCUGCUUGAGUUCUGCCUUAGUGACCCAGCUACAGAGGUCGCACUGAGAACAGAUGUAGAGCUCAAGAAGAAAGAGCUGGACAUCUAUUGCUCGAUGUUGAAUUUACAGCUUCCGCCAGCCUGGACUACUUGGCAGGAACUGAGAACUGAGUCUAAGACAAACUCUGAGUCCAUUUUGUCUAUGAUGCUGGAGGCAAAAGAGUUUGACCUUUGUGCACGGUGGGUGGAGCUGUAUCCUAUAUCUGACCAGAUGAGACUGCAGCUGAAGACUGAGCAUUUGCUUCAUCUGCUGGAAAAUGGACAGACAGACGAAGCAUUCAAGUUACUUGAGAGCCUCUCAGAUUUCGUGGUCGGCCUGGAUGUUUGUGAGCGGGCUCUGGACCGUCGCCCCGGACUGGCUGCCUGUUACUUCCUGGCCGACUACCUCACCCUGCAUUUUCAGAGGCAGGUGUCUCCAGCACGUCAACAGCACCACGCCCUUCAUCUGGGUUCUAAGGUGUUGCUCACCCUGCCCCCAGCAGCCAGACAGGACUAUUUCUUUCUGCUGUCGGAGCCUCUGCUGAUGCUGGAACAGCUGUUGAUGAACCUAAAGGUGGACUGGGCCGAAUUGGCAGUGCGAACCCUGCGGAGCCUGCUGGUUGGUCUGGAGGCUGGUUUUGGUGCUGAGGACAUUGAUAAUAUUCUGGCAGAAUACGCCAGCAAGGCCCUCGACUUCUCGUGCGCCCCCAGAGAGAUGGCUCGAUCUGAUUCUGUAAUCAGCUUCCAGGAUGCAUCGCUGUUCUGUCCUGCUCAGGACAACUCCUCUAUAUCUUCCAGUCGAUUUGAAUCUCCAACAACCUCUACAAGCAGCACCCCCUCACACACCCCAUCCUCAAAUAGCACAGACAGGGAGAGGGGUCGAAGCUCAGCAGGGAGAAAACACCGCUUGUCUGCCAAGUUCAAGCCUCCAGACCAGCCCCCGGCCCGUAAAGACUGGGUCCCUGACACCCAACACCACGUGUGCAUGGUCUGCCGGCGUGAGAAGUUCACCAUGUUCAACAGACGGCAUCAUUGUCGAGCGUGUGGCCGCCUGGUGUGUCACGCUUGUUCUGAGCAUAAGAUGCAUGUAGAGGGAUGCCCAGGGGAUGAAGUCAGAGUCUGUGACGACUGUUACGCCUUCUUUCAACCAGACUCUGACAAUGACUUGGAACCAACUGAAGUGGCCGGUAUUCCUGUAGUGACACAGGAAGCUUUAGAUGGGAUGCUGCAUUUGCCUGAAGUGGUCCAUCGACGGAUCCAACUCAGCACAAACCCUGCAGAGAAUCAGCUGCAGCGGAGCGAGUUCUACUAUGAACAGGCUCCCAGUGCAUACCUCUGCGUUGCCAUUUUAUCUCUGCACAGUGACCAAACAGCCUGUGGUCAUCAGCUCAUCAAACACUGUCGCGCUUUGUCUUGUAAACUGACCAAUCCGGAGGUCGAUGCCUGCCUUCUGACAGAUGUCAUGCGGCAGCUGCUGUUCAGUGCCAAGCUGAUGUUUGUUAAAGUUGGCCGCAGCCAGGAUCUCGCCUUGUGUGACAGCUACAUCAGUAAAGUAGACGUGCUUAAGAUUCUAGUGACAGCCAAUUACAAAUAUAUUCCUUCUCUGGAUGAUAUUCUGGAGACCUCUGCCGUCACACGCCUUCGUAACCAGCUGCUGGAAGCGGAGCACUACCAGCUAGCAGUGGAGGUGUCUACAAAGAGCGGGCUGGACCCAGGCGGCGUGUGGCAGGCAUGGGGGAUGGCCUUGCUGAAGGCAGGGAACCUUUCAGGAGCAAGGGAGAUGUUUCCCCGGUGCCUGAAGGCUCCAGUGGACCGCAGCCAGCUCAACCUGGGUCCCUUACUGCUACAGGAGAUUGUCCAGCACCUGGAGACGACUGUACAACCCACUUUGUCCACGUCUUUUGGUGAGGACAUCUUGGCAUCCUUGCGGGAGCUGGAGGACGCCAUGAGUGACUCUGGUCCCGUGGAGCGACCAGAGGGACAGAGACAGAGCAGCAUCCUCCACCAGGAGUGUCUCUACUACCUGAACUCAUAUGGCACUCACCUGGCCCUGAUCAGCUUCUACAUGCGUCAUAACUGCAUGACUGAGGCCCUGACGUACCUACUCAACAAGGACUGCCCAGAGGAGGUGUUUCUGGAGGGUGUGUUGCAGCCCAGUUUGGAGCAGGGGCGUCUUGGCAUGCUGCAGGGGAUACUAGAAAAACUGGACCCUGGCCUGGAGGCGUGCAGCCGCUACCUCAUUGCCUCCUGCCAAUUUCUGCAGCGGCGGAAAUACUUUCACACACUUUACCAGCUCCAGCAGUUUAUGAUGGAUCAUGUGCGUGCGGCUAUGACCUGUAUCCGAUUCUUCACACAUGGAGCUGGUUCAUACCUACAACUAGGAGAACAGCAGCGCUGGUUGGUCAGAGCCAAAGAACACCUGAGGACAUACCUGCAGGAGCAGCAAGGUCGGGGCAGUGGGAGGAGGAAGUCUCAGGUCAACUCAUUAAGGAAGAUGAUGUCGUCCAGUGACGUGUCCAGGCACAUGAAUACAAUUGAGCUCCAGCUGGAGGUGACCCGUUUCCUCCAUCGCUGUGAGACAGCUGGCACCUCCAAGGCUCCACAGACCAGUACACCUUCCUCCAAGUCCCCAGGAUCUAGUUCACCGCCUACACUGUUUGGGGGAAAUCCCAUGAAGAUUGAGGUUGCCUGUAAGGUCAUGCUUGGAGGAAAAAACAUAGAAGAAGGCUUUGGCAUUGCAUACAGAGUCAUACAAGAUUUCCAGCUGGAGGCCCAGACUGUGUAUGUGCGGGCUGGCCAGAGGCUUGUCCGACAGAGGCAGUAUGGAGCCGUAAGGCAGCUGCUCAAAUGUGUGAGCGAAUCAGGCACCGCCACCAAAAACGACUGCGAUGGCCUCAUCCUCAGCUGUGUCUCCAUCGCAGAAAAGGGACCAGCUGAUGCAAAAGAGCUGGAAAGUCUCAUUCUAGAGACCAAGAGCUCAGACAGCAAGAUCAAAGCCUACCUACUGUGCAGUAAGCUGCGGCCAGCGUACUUGCUGGCGGUCAAGCUGGAGCCGAGCCGGGCGGGACCUCUGGUCCAGGAUGUCCUUCAGGCUGCCGAGGAAGCACAGGACUCAGUGAUGCAGAACAUCUGUCGCCAGUGGCUGUCUGAGCAUCGCAACAAGCCACCUCAGCAGCGCCAGGGCCGACCCAAUGCCAGGUGAAAGCAGUCAGCCUAACGAAGGAUUAUAGAGACAGCACUCAAAAAAAAACAAACAGAUGAGCUGCAAAUAAGAGGAUCCAGGGUUUCUAAUGUUCUAGAAGUGUUUGGGGAGGUGAAUGAACAGUAAGAUCUCAGAUUAAUAUGACUGCACCCUGUCUGGAACAGGUGAGCAGCUGUUGCACAUACUGCAUGUUGUGUGGUCCUCGCCGUGGAUUAUAAUCGAUACAGUACAUGUCAACAGAUUAUUAAAAUCCCAGAAAAAACCUUUUUGAGAGAGAGGAGACAAUGUCCUUGUAGUUGAUCUUAGGCUCUGGUUGCGUCAUACUAACACUUUAGCAUACACUGUGUAGCUAUCAUAUAGUCUUGCAUUAGGAUUGUGUAGUUUCCCUUUUAUAAAAGUAAGAUCACUCUCAUAUUUAAACAUUUUGUAUUGUAUGGUCUGUGGAAUAAAUGAUUUUCAUCUCAUGAUAGCUGGCACUGUAUUGCCAGGUUCAUUUAGGUUCAUUUUCUUUUGGUUAUGCCUGCUGUAUACAAGGGACCUCUUACCAGCCAGUGUUACUUCAGCAGUACUUUUUUCAUAUUAUUUGUAAAAUGUGCUAGAUGUGGCUUUAUGUUUAGCUGUAUUUAGGUUUGAAUCACUGGCCUAAUCCUUGUGUACCAUCACCAGACAGUGUAUGCUGAGGAGCUAGCAUGGGACACUGGAGUUGGAAUGAAUGAUUUAGGUGUCUGUGCUCACUAAACUGUCAGUUAAUUAGAAAACUCAAAUGUUACUGUAAAUCUCGUCUUUGCUGAGCCCCAGUGGUUAAAAUUCUCCCCUUGCUGCAGUGGUGCAUAGGUGUAUUCCAGGUGCCCGUGACAUCCCAGUGCACACCUCUAACUACCCCCAACCACACUCGUCACUGAUACUGUGUGUGAGGUUGGAGAAGAAGCAGAGAAGUAACUUUCAAUCAGAGGGGGCAGUAAUACACAGAUUUCCAGCCUGGUUUUAAAUGUCUCAGUGGAAACAUCUAGAAACCCUGAUGAUCACUUUCUGUUUGUUUAUUUUCAGUGUCCUUCCUCUCUGUAAAACAAACGAAUCACCACAGUGCUUUAUUUACAUUCUGGAAAUAUUUUGCUUUUAUCUCAUCUCCACAAUAUUUGAGCAGUAGCACUGCACCAGAAUGACAGCAGCUCUUUCAUAACACAACUGCUAACUGCAGUGUAAUAGUUUUCAUUUUCUUACACGAUGCGAUCAUAUCUAAAUAGUAAUUGAUUUGUGUCCUACCUCAACUUAAAGGGAAAAUACAGUAUCUGUAACUGACUGGAAAGACCAUGACAAAUGGGUUACAUAUCGAGUUCCCCCCCAUUUUUAUGUCCUGAUUGUCUCCGUGUGUGGAUCUUGUUUUGCUCUAAUGUGAAUGUAAUGAUGUCCUCUGCCAAGAAAGAUACGAGGUCAAACCUUAAACUGAAAAAUGCAGAAUUGUGUUUUUAUACCCUCAGUGAAGCUGUUUCUCUGUUCGACCUGACAUUGUAUAACACAUUUUCUGGCAUUGAGAUCUUUACAAAAAACAAGCUUGGGGAUGGAUACAGAAAGGGACCCACUUGUGGAUCAUGAAAUAGAUGUUUAAUUAAUUAUGCAGGAAAUCAAUUCUCUAGUCCUCAGUUCUGUCUCUGGGUGGUGGGUUUUUAUAUCUCAUGUGUCAUGUUUUUGUAAUGAUUGUCGCUCAUUUCAAUUCAUAGUUUUUGCUUUAUUCUCAUGGUUGACAUGACCCUUAUCCAUUUGAACCUUAUAAAUCUGAAAUGAUCAACUUGCACAGAUAAUACAAAUAAAUACUCUUUCAAAAAAGGGAUUUAACUGUGGCUAUAUGUCAUGGUUUCAUUUAGCUUUUUCACAAACUGACAACUUGGCUAAAACAGGAAAACAGUGCAAAAGAUUUGUCACCAUGAAACAUGUCUUUUAGUUUAUUUGCAUGACAAUCACCCAUGUUGCUGAAGUCGCCUUUUCAGGAAGGUGUAUUUCAGAGCUUUUCUGAUCAAAUGGUAGAGCUACAUCUUAAUUUAGAGGAGAAAGUGUGUUGUCCCUUUGCGUUGUUUCCCUCUGCUGCACUAGUCUGAACCCUCAGAUGGGCAGACCUUCCUGUGAUUGUGAAUGAGUGUUCACUGGCAAGAGAUUAAAAGAAACCAGUCUAAACUUGAGAUGCACAUGUACAAGAUUCUUGCACUCUAAUCCUCCUUAACUUGGAGUGUUGGCUCAUCACUGCCGCACUUUAUAUUAGUGAGUUUAAAAAAAAUAAACUUCUUUGGGGAAAAACUUGUAAAAUAUGUAAUAAAAUAACUGUUAAUGAUGUAGGCACUAAUGAUUUUGAAGUGUAAUUGAUUUCUCCAUCCCUUGUAAAAUAAUAUGAAAAUGAAAUAAAAACAUAACA